ACAAUAUGUCGUCCAAAAACCAGGAGUACAAACAGUUUAUGUUGGACUUUAUUCAAGUUUACCGCCAACUGCCGGCCUUGUGGGACAGGAAAAGUGCCGAUUAUAAUAACAGAGUUACGAAAGCGGAGCAGUAUGAAGUGCUGGUUGAAAAGUAUCGAGAACGAUAUCCGGGCGCCACGAAGGUGGACGUUGUGCAGAAAAUUAACUCUUUGCGGACCAACUUCCGGAAGGAACUCAAACGGGUUCGCGAUGCUGAAACCUAUGGUGGCCAGGCGGUAGAAUCUUCCCAGUGGUACUUUGAAGCAAUAAGUUUCCUCGAUCCUCGAAAAGAUGAUUCAAUUUCAACGGAGCACGCAUACUGCGUACCGGAGCAGUCUGAGGAAUGUAAAGUAAAUCUGAGCAUAGCUGAGGAAGUUGGUACUUUAAAUAAAAUCGAGGUGGAACCAGUAAAACAACCUCGAGCUAAGACGAUGAAAAAAGAAAUAGAUUCACAAAACGAACCAGUUGAAACUGUUUGCAAGCGCCUUCAAGAAGGACCGGACGACAACGAUAUACUAGCUGCCGCCUGGGCAGUUGAACUUCGGAACAUGCACUGGCAGCAGCAGCUUUUGGCCAAGAAGGCUAUCAAUGACAUUUUAUUCGAGGGUCAAAUGGGAACCUUGCACCGCCAUUCGGUCGAAAUUAACGCUAUCCGUCCCCGCGCCCAGUCCAGGUCUCCAAUCGAACACAAAAGCACUAAUUAUUACGCUUAGCUUCGUUGCAAGCCACAACGCAAGUGCGAAGUUUG